AUGUCUCGGUCUAUGGCAUUACUCGAGGAAGUGCGAAAGACGUACGGUCUAGACUGCGCCAUUGUGCAUGUAAACUCAGCGCAGGAGCCGGAUCCACUCGUACAUGCCAUAUACACAUGUAAGAUGCAUGCUUCAAUGUCUCGCAUGCAUGCAGAUGACCAACGCUCUUCGCCUAUGACGAGCUCAGCCGCAAAAGCUGCUGAUGAUAGCACAACUAUUGCUGCUUCUCAAGAGGCUCUGAAAGGAGCUCGACUUUCCAUGCUUGAUGUUCAGCGCAUACAGGCAUAUGUCCGGGAGAUGAUUACGAAAAGCCUUGUACCGUACUUGGAGCGUACGGUCCAGCAGCUUGGUGAACACAUCGCUUCUCAGCGGCGUGGUCUCACCGGUCGGCUUCUUGGUGCAGGGCGCAAAUGGUUUUCGAGUCGACCCUCCUCUGACCAGGUCCUGUCCGACCAUGGUAUAUACCCGACUACGUCUCUUCCUUUCCAGACACGGCGCCUUGCCGAUAUGGCGAUGCAUAUUCGUGACUACCGUCUAGCUGCACAAAUGUAUGAAGCUGCACGCCGCGACUUCCAGGCCGAUCAAGCUACAUUGCACAGCGCAUGUGCAGGUGAAAUGUACUGCCUGGCACAGCUUUUGCAUGCUACGACGACACCCGCAUACCACAAUUCAUUGACCCAAUUAUUUUUGCAUGUGUGUGAUGAGUACGUCAGUAUACGCGUGGGUGAAUUUUUUGCUCUUCGUGGAGCUGUACUAUAUGGCACAAUGCAGGAGCUUGUCUCUGACUACGAGCACAUGGCCAUGGCGUAUAUGCGCGCAGCCGAGUUCACAGAUGAAAUCGUGCGUGCCCUGCUUCUUGAACAUGCUUCUCUUGCAUACUUGCGCAUGUCGCGUCCGCAUAUGCGGCGGAGUGCUGCCGCUCUUUUGCUCGCUGCUGCUCAGUAUGAAUCAUGUGGACAAAACGAACUCGCACUUCGCUGUUAUAUGCGUACAGCCGACUUCUACAAAGCCUGUAAUACGCCCUUGCACGAUCACUCCUUGUUCAAAAUGGCCCAUCUAGUACACAGCAGUGGUCGCAUGGAUGACGCAUUGGCUUACUUGUUGCCUCUCCUUCAUGGCAGCUUGCCUGAACUAGAUGCAGUGCUCCUCCAUGCCCUCGAAACUGUAACGAAGUAUGCUCAUGAUACACGCGUCACAUUGCCCGUACCUCUGUUCCAGCCAGGUGCUAGUUAUAUCCUGCAAUCGACUGCUAGUGACAAUGGCAUACCUUGCGUGCGUGAAAAAGAACCAUUCCAUGUUCAGCUUACUUUACGCAAUCCACUUGGUGUUGAAGUCGCACUCACAAAUGUCGCUCUGCAUUUUGUCAGUGCACAUAAAAACGGCCACGCAUCCAGUGCGCAAGUCAAUGCCUUAGGGCGCCUGGAUGAUCUCACGUUAGGUCCACACGAACGACGUAGCGUCGUUGCCGCUGCUUACGUGCAUGAUGCAAAGGCGGAGUAUGUGCGUCUUUCUCACGUCACGUACACCUUGGCAGGCAUGCUUCAUGUGCAGCAAGACAUGUCGAAGCACGGAAAGCGACUGAAUUCGACGCUGGAGCAGCGACGAACUCGUAUGUACGCACCUGACUUAUCACUACUUGCCCGUGUGCGGCAGGACAUGCCGCAUGUAGACAUGCAUGUUGACGUUCCUACGCAUGCUUAUGUUGGCGAACUAGUCCAUAUUCGCAUGCGGCUAGUAAAUACGAGUGUCUCCAAUAUCUCAUCCCUGACUAUCAAAAGCAUACCUGCUCAUAUGCAAUGUUCAUGCUUAACAGCAAGUGAGCUCGAGCUUCCAUGGAACCCAUCCUCGUCUUUCACACAUGCCGCUCCCCUACCGGCACUUCAGGGUGGCCAAGAGCACGAAAUCACGUUUGUGUAUCAUGUACUCUCGCCCGGCGAACAAGUGCUUACAUGGGUUCUUUGCUACGAAAAUGCGGCACACGAGCAUUUUGAAGCACGCAUGGAACAAUCCUUGAUCGCUCAUGUUGCGAUGCAAGCCGUUGCACGAGUGAGAUUGACUGCGCGAAGGGAACCCUUGUAUGGACUUGCCAUUGAUACGAAGAACUGCUCGUCUGAUACACUCACAUGUGAUGGAAUCACUUUCGUGAGUCCCCUGUGGAAGGCACAUACAGAAGCAAGUUUGCCUGCAACGCUCACAGCUGGCGAUGUACUCACGACGUUUGUGCGAUUGCAGCCAACACUCUUGCCACAGAAUGCGGAUAUCGUAACACACAUGCUGAAUGAAUUGCACCGAUACUUGAGCGGAAAAGCCUAUGAUUCGUCGCUUACUACGUCAAUGCAGAUUGCGACGCAUGUGUCUCAGUUGGGUCAUGCACAUGAUCCAGCGUUGACAUCUAUGCCCUCGCUGUAUUCUGCGUCGCGCUAUAUUCAACGGCAGACCGAGCUGGAUCGUCUGUAUAACUUUAUGCCAAAAAGACUUGCACAACGCGCAUUUCCUCUCAUUGGGCCAAACGAUGUGGACCUAGUGUUGCAUUGGCAUGACGCAAAUCACCGACGAGGUCAAACACUUUUGUGUGGCGUGAAAGUGGGCAUCCAACAUUGCACAGCACAGGAUAUGGCAUCGCUCAAAACCUUGCUGGACUUACAUGGACCGUCGCAUGCAAUGUAUGAAGAAACAGCACGGGAGCAAGCUAUGAUUCGCGGACGUCUAAGGCAUACGCCACUUGGCUCCGUCGGCAUGCCCCUUUCUGUUUAUGCGAAUCUAGACUCGGUAAUGUUGGAUCAAGUGCCAGCUGCGCAGUCGAUAACCCUGUUUAUUCGGAACGAAGCACCAUGGCCCUUAUCAUUUUCGCUGACACUCGUCCAACCGACAAGUCAAGCGGGAUUUGCACCGUGGCUGGGUAAAUUAUCGCAUUCUGGUACUGUUGGUGCAUGGACUUCCUGCCCAAUCGAUGUGUGCGUCCUUGUGACGGAGCCAGGUACAUUCCAGCUUGGAAAUGUGCAGUGUCAAGCAACCUUAUACGAUAAAGAACAGGCAAUCAAGUCAUGGAACGUUAUAUCUGCGAUGGAUGUGUUGCUUGUUGCUCGUCUUCAGGUGUAA